AUGUCUGUUAAAGCCGGUGUUUCGGGAGAGAAGAUGGCUGUGAAGCGUUGUGUUGUGGAGGGCGAGUUACUUCCCGGAGCCGAGCGGUCGAGAGUCCAGACCAAGGACUGGGUUGCACACGUGGCUGACGUGGGAACCGUGGGUGCCCGUGUUGGCAAGGUUUCUACGGCACCUAGUGGUGCCGGCUUGCUGGUUCAAUCGUACGGACCAAAGGAGACGGGAUUCAGACGUGGCCAGAGGUUGAAGUCGAAGCAGAAACGACACGGCCUCAUGGUCCAGGACAAGAAAGAGAUGCCUCACAGUACCUCCCUUAAGCCUCAGGUGCUCAGGGUGAUUCGCCAACCGAUCUGGGCAAAGGCAGGAGCAAGGCAGGCUGCAUUGAGUCCCGACUUCCGCGUGUUGUCUGUUGCGGAAAGGACAAUCUGCCCAGGUAAGGAAGGUAUGCAGGUGACUCGAGCAAGCCUCAGACUAGGCAUUUCUCAUACAUACGUGCAAGAUGUUCAUGAACAACCAUCUUGGUCAAGACGUAAUUUACUGAGGCAGGCCGCAAAGGUCCAGAACGCCAUCAAAGCCACUCUGGCGGCAAGGCCAUGGACGACAAACAACAAAUUCAGGGUGAGGGUUUCGCCAUUGACACACCAGCGGCAGCCCGGCUGUCCUGGGAGAUGAAGACGUUUCUCACAACCUUAAAGAGUCCAACACUAAACGGCCAAGUCACCAUUAGCAUGCGAACUAAAGUCAAAGGCUGACAGGGUUAACAGACGAAGACUUUCUUCGCUAGCAGACUGUCAUCCCGGAUCAUCGUUAUACGCAGCGCAUUUUCGAAGCCCCGCACCAAGCAUCCCCACUGAGAUGAUAGUGGCACGUGUAUGGGACACCGUCAUUCCCGCCCACCUUGGGGGCCAAAGACUCCAAAGGGAUACAACUAUCGGGGAGGAUACAGCAAUUGCUCCGAUGCUAGCAUGUUCAAGGUCGAAGAGCGUGGGAGCCUCGAGUGCUCAGGGAGGGAGGGGAUGAUGGAAGGGAGGGAUCCAGAUGACCAACAACGAGAUGCAAAAUGAAGCCCAGAGGUCAAUGCUGAUGGUGCAUCGCCUCUCUUUUGCGGCUUGCCAGUGGCCAUUGUCAAUCCAAUCUCU